ACGGCGGCUGUCUGUCGCCGACGGUCUGGGAUCGGGCAUCCUGGCUCUUUAUCUUACGGCGUUUUCGACCAAAACGGAACCAUGAGGAGGUGAAGAUCACAGCUCAGUGGCAGAGCUGCUAUCCUGCAUGUCGGCGCAUUUGGACGAGGAUGAGAGAUCUCCAGGGCAUUGACGGCCUGCUCUUGAAAGAGCUGAAAUCAUGUUGCGCCAAAGAGUACAGCUUUCUGCCGAGGGAGACGGGCCUGAAGCUGAUGGAGUCCACGUCCCCGGAGCUUCACAGCGGCGUGUCUGCAAAAUGCCGGGACAGCAAAGUGGAAGAGCUGUGGAGCCUGACCAGCUUCUUUGGCUACAGGACUCAGACCUUUGUGCAAGCCGUCAAUCUGCUCGACAGAUUUCUCACCAUCAUGAAGGUGCAGCCCAAACACGUGCCCUGCAUCGGCGUGUGCUGUCUGCACAUCGCUGCAAAAAUGGUCGAGGAGGAGAGCGACGUCUCACCCACCCACGAACUCAUUCGCAUCAGCCAAAGCAGGUUCACCGUGUCCGACCUCAGCCGCAUGGAGAAGAUCAUUUCUGAGAAACUCUGCGUGGAUCCCAACGCGGUGACGGCCCUCACCUUCCUGCACCUCUACCACUCGGCCGUCGCCUCCCUGUUUGCCGAGAGGGAGGAGAUCCCAAGCAUUGGGAGGCUGGAAGCGCAGCUAAAAGCCUGCUUAUGCCGGCUUGUUUUCUCUAAAGCAAAACCGUCAGUGCUGGCGCUGUCCCUCAUCGCUCAGGAUUUUGAAGCCCUUCAGUCGGCCACAUUGUUGAAGAUUAUCCAGCAACUCCAAAAGCAUCUAAAGAUCGGUGACAGCGAGCUGCUCCACUGGAAGGAACUCGUGACCAAAUGCAUGAUCGAGUACCGCUCGAGUGAGUGCAACAAACCAGACAACAAGAAGCUUGUUUGGAUCGUGUCCCGCAGAACGGCGCAGAAUCUGCAGACGUGUCACUUCAGUGUUCCCGGUCUGCCGACUAUUCCCGAGAUGAGCUGGGACGAGAGCGGGAGCGAGGACUCCGGUGAGGAUGUGAGCAGCGGUGAGGACAGUCCAUGCGGCUCUUUAGGAAGCGAUGGCGAAGGAGCCUUCUUCCCCUCCUUGUUCCACCAUUGCGCAGAGGGCUGACCAGUGCGAAGUUGUGGCAGACGUCUACUACGUCUUUCAAUUUUACACUAGUCCCGAGCACACUUGCGUGUUAACGUGCAUGUUUUGGAUUUUAAAGUUGAGUCUGUUUUCCUGGUGUUACCCCUGCUAGACCCGGCCUCUACCCCUCAAUGCGUCCAAGCCUGCAGCCACUUUGUAAAUUUACAACAGCAAAACAAAAACAGGCUAACGGGCUCGACACACGGGGAGCAACAAACGACAGCGACUGAUGGCUUUCAUCGCCAACGCGGGGGAACCCAACAGGGGACACGACGGCAGCGUUUCAGGUCGCUCUGUCGUAUCCCUUGUUUCCCAGAAAUUUUGAUUGGUUAAGAAAUUGGAAGGUUUUUGAUAUUUUUAAAAGAGUCCGAAGUUUUUGCUGGAAUUGACUGAGAUCUUACUUUUAUGGCUACUCCACAAAAGGAAAAAAAGACGACUGGGUUCAUCCUAUAUUGCAGACAAGGAAUCAGCCUGGACAAUAUCAUCAUUUGAUGGCGGACCUAUAGUGGCUUAUCCAGAUAAAUGGCUGUAGUGCCACACUGCUUAGUUAAAAGAAAGUAAAAAAUGUAUUUGAAAUGAAUGUAUUUGUCCUUGAUAUGAGCAAGUAAAUAAGAUUAACUGCCAAUGGAAUGAGUAUUU